CGACGGGCCCCUUUAGAGCGGCAUCAAAGGCCCCUAAUACGGGGGCUGCAAAUGCUCAUGCGGCCAUGCGUGAAGUGCUGGAAAGGUGCUCGUGCAUUUUCCAGUGGUGUCAAUUUGCUCCACGAAGGCCUUCGUCUUCAGCACUUGGGCGACUGGGCCGCGGCGCUCAGCGCCUUCCGCGGUGCAGCCCAAAACUCACCGAUGCUGGGGGCGGCCGCCAAUAACGCAGAGGGCCUCUUACUCCUCCGGAGCAGUGUGCCCGUGGCGCAUGGGACUCGGGAGUUACAGCGAGGCGACGUCCUCCUGGCACCCUGGGCUGAAGAUGGUUUCGACUAUGAAGCCAUCCUGGAGGAGAUGGAUGAGGCCAGCAACACCUGCACUGUGGCGUGGUCCGAUGGUGGUCAGACUUGUCGAGUAGUUCCCCGCGCGGCGGUCACGACUCUACAGGGCUUGUCACAUCGGGAUGACAGGGCGACAAGGCUUUGGGCAUCUAGGCGUGCCCUGCGGCGGGCACUGCUGGACUGGCAAGGCCAAGCAGAGGCCGGAGUCGCACAUGAUGCCUUCGUUGACUUCGCAGGUCUUGUUUGCGACUUGGCAGCUGCGGAAAUUCGCGUUGCGCUCAUUUCCUCCUGGCCCGGCUUGGAGCUGGCGCAGAAUUUGUUGAAACGCGGCAGCUUCACUGCCGAGCGGGCGUAUGCACCGGACCCCCGUGCUUUGGCCGCGCUCUAUUCCACCCGAGCAGAGGUGCUACGCUUCAACUCAGGUGCCAACUUGCGAGAGGUGCAGCUUCUGCAUUUGCGCGUAGCUGACCACCUACGUGCUGCAAGUUGGCGUGACAAGCCGCGCUGGGAGAGUCCUGCUGGCCACCUUGGAUGGGAGAUUCUCCACGAGGUGCAAUGGGCCAAAGCAUUAGCCCAGAUGGCAUGGAGUGAGCAGGCGCAGCCCCGUUCCCGACCAAAUGCUUCGACCAAGCGGCGGAAAGCGCAAGUGCCAGCAACAGCAAGCGUAUGGGCACUGCCGGAGAAGCUGCUCCCGCCCACCCCGGGUCUCCCUCGGGGUCCUGACCUGCUUCUACACCACAGCUGUGCGCUGCAGAGUGUCGGCAGAGCCUGGCGCGCCUUGCACUGGGCAGCCCAUAGAGAUGCGCCAAAGAGCCUUCCUUGGACCUACAGUGCUGAGUCAGUGCGGGACUUCGUGGCUACACUGCCUGUGACAGCCGUGCAUGUGAGGCUGCUGCUGGAGGUGGCAAUUCUGGUUUUCGUGAUCGGCUGCAGGUGCCAGGCUCGGUCAACAAUUUGCGUGCCAGCCUUCCUUCGAAUUGUCUUCCCGAUUGGAAGCUUGUGAGUGGAGAGCUUGACAAAAGUGGGCACUUGCCACACAUACUUACCACCAAUUUUAAAAAGGCUUUUUGUGCGCGACACUGUCAUGCCAAAGGCCUUCAGAGCAAUGGGCUGCCAUUCAGCUUUGCGGAUUGCACCUCCAAGGGAUCCCGGCGACCACGAGCAAGGAGACCUGCUCAUUGCUCCCAGUGAGCGCUGGAUCUUGAGGUAGUUUUGUCGAAGAUCGCCAAGGCCUCGUCUGCUUCAACGUCUUGCCAUGUCUUGCCAGUGCCCUCCUUUGCCAAGGUUGAUGUCCUCCCCCUUGCGCUCAACCAAUUUCUUGCCAAGUUGCGGUCCAGGUGUUCCAAAGCCUCGCGAUUGAUCUUGGCCCGUAUGUGGAUUGUGCUCAGUGAGACGUUGGCCAGACGCAUUCCGGACCCGUGGUUGCUGUGAACACAGGAUGCAAAUGCUGUGGAGUGAUGAAACGCUGGCAACUAGGCCGUCUUCAAUGAGCAUUUGAGAAUGGUUAUCUGAUCUGCAGCAAGAAGCUGUUGGACAUUCCGCUUCCACUGCAUCCCGUCCCGCGCGCUCCGGGGAUUGCUCGUCCUCAUCAUCACAAAAAAGCCCUAACGUGGCAUUGUCAGGGUUUGAAGGUGGCUCCUGGCGGGAGGCUUGGAAAAAGUGGAGCGCCGAUGUUGGACUCCCUGAAAACUGACAAGGCUUUGGUCUCCGCGGUUCGCGCCUCGCACUUGCGCAGUGCCGUUGAUGUCUUCGGCGCCGAAAUGGCCUCGCCGGGCAUAUCUUCAGGGCCGUCUCUGCGUCUGUCCG